UACGACCUGCUGGAGCUGAGCCUGCGCGGGCCGCAGGAGGCCCUGGACCGCACCGUGCACUGCCAGCCCGCCGUCUUCGUGGCUUCGCUGGCCGCCGUCGAGAAGCUGCACCACCUGCAGCCCGCGGUUAUUGAGAACUGUGUCGCCGCUGCCGGGUUCAGUGUGGGAGAGUUUGCAGCCCUAGUGUUUGCGGGAGCCAUGGAGUUUUCAGAAGGUUUACACGCGGUGAAAAUCCGAGCCGAGGCCAUGCAGGAGGCCUCGGAAGCUGUCCCCAGCGGGAUGCUGUCUGUCCUCGGCCAGCCUCAGUCCAAGUUCGCCUCCGCCUGUCUGGAAGCCCGGGAGCACUGCAGGACGCUGGGCGUGGAGGACCCCGUGUGCGAGGUGGCCAGCUACCUCUUUCCCGACUGCAGGGUGAUCUCGGGGCACCUGCAGGUUGGUGUCGAGGGGGACAGCGUCCACAGACCCCAGUCCAGGCCGGAAGGUUGGGAUUGUCCCACCCGCCCUCCUGAGCCCGCGGUGUCCAAGUAUCACUUUCGACGCACCAAGAUGCUGCCGGUCAGCGGCGGCUUCCACACCCGCCUCAUGGAGCCGGCCUUGGGGCCCCUGGCGCGAGCCUUGGAGUCGGUCAGCGUCAAGAAGCCUCUGGUUUCCGUCCACUCAAACGUCGAUGGGAACAGAUACGGGCACCCAAAGAACAUCCCGAAACUGCUGGUCCGCCAGGUGGUGUCCCCAGUGAAGUGGGAGCAGACGAUGCAUGCCGUGUUCAGGAGGAGGAAGGGCACGGAGUUCCCCAGGACCUUCGAGGUCGGGCCUGGGAGGCAGCUGGGGAGCAUCCUCAAGAGCUGCAACCUGCAGGCCUGGAAGUCCUACGGGCACGUGGACGUGCUGGAGGGCGGGCGCGCGGGCGUCCCGGAGGACGACAGGGCCUAGCCCGGCCCUACGGGAGGCUCCGGCAGCAGGGGUGGACCAGGGGUGGACCAGGUCGGAGAUGGGGCCCCAGAAGGGGCUGCAGGGGCCUGCACCCGCCCUGCCUUUCCAGCGGCUUCCUCCUGGAGUGACGGGGGCGGGGGUGGGGGGGUGGUCUGCAAACUGCUUCGAAUGCCGCACAGAAAGCGCUGAGAGUACUUCUUAACUGGACAGGGUCCACUUCUCCUUUUCUCCCUCUGGGGCAAGUUCAGGGGGGUGGGGGGCGGUGCGGGGAGAUGCCAGAAAGCCUUGGUGAGGUCUGGCUCCGCCUGGGCCUGGGGGCUCCUCUGUAAAGUGGUCGGAAACCACCAGGCUGGCAGGUGUGGCCUGGGGACUUCGAGGGCUUGGCCUGCUGCCCGGUGGGUGCCUUGGGCGUGACCACGAAGCAGGAGGCCAGUGCCAGGGAGGUCCUCCGCUGCCCUGGUAGCCCUUGGACACCCUCGGCCAGCAUCUUAGCAUUUGUGUCGACAAAGCAAAGGGCUCUGGGACACAGUUGGCCCUGGCAGUCAUUCUGUCCACCCCCAGUGCGACAUUUGACGACUCACCGGACAGUAUGGAGUGCCUGCUGUGUGCCUGGGGACGAGUGGCCUCCACCUUGGUGGGGAAGAGGGUCCUUAGCGAGGCGGGAGGGGGCGGGGAGGCUGGCUGAGGGCCCUGUUGCCUCCCCCACCCCCAGGCAUCCCCGUGGUCGCUGAGCGAGUGCUGUGCGCCCGUGACCCAGCCUGGCGCAGGCGACCCUCAGAGAGCAGGAGCAAAGUGCACAGUCUCUGUGGACGCGGCUCCUGCGCCGACGCUGAGGGGCGAGCUACGCUUCCUGGCGGCUCUUUGAUCAGCGAUAGUGGAAAACCACCGGUGAGAAACGGCCGCGUGUCUGGAAAUGCUGCUGUUGUGAAGAACAUGUCAAAUCCUGGACGGGUUUCUCCUUUUUAAUUCAACAGUGUUUCUCAGCAGGGGCCCCGUGGGCUUUGGGCAGAACUGGACUGCGUCACGUGGGACUGUGUGGCACGCCAUGUGGACAGCUGUCCUGGCGCCUCCGGGCAUUGUGGCCCCGACACGCCCACCUGUGUCCCCAGCCCCAGAGACCCUGGCAGGUGCGACCACAAACUGGUUCUCACCAGGCCUGAGCCAACCUGUUGUUUGGAGUUCAAUGAUGAAAUAACACUCUCUUAAAAUUUC